AUUGUUUAGUGGCCAAAAAGCUUCCUCUGUGUUUGUCUCUUUAUGUUAUCAAAGACUGCAUUUUUAUAUCUGAGUUUGGUGUUUUCUGUCAAAAGGGUCCUUUAAAAAUCAUUACUUUCUAUCUAAAAUCUCUUUGCUUUCUCCAUUCUAGCUUAAGACAUGAAGUAGUGAAGGAUUGAAAACUUGUCUCAUGUGUAUUUGGUAGUUUCCUGUUAGCUUGUGCUUGUCUCAUGUGUAUUUGGUAGUUUCCUGUUAGCUUGUGCUUGAUGGUUUUAUCAAAUUAAGUAGAUGGAGGGUUCUUCAGAAUCUAACUCUAGAGGAUUAAACACCUCUGGUGUUUCAGAGUUCUUACCAGCUGAGAGAAUCAUUGCAGAUCGUUCUAAGUCUUUGUCUCAUAUUGGUUAUGUUAGAAGCUUACUUGGUUCACACAAAGAAGACAACUUGAGAGCUGAUGAUGAUAUUAAUGUGAGAGCUUUGAAAUGUGAAGAUGUUAGCUUGCGUCAGUGGUUAGACAAUCCAGAACGAUCAGUGGAUGCGUUUGAGUGUUUUCAUGUUUUCAGACAAAUCGUUGAGAUUGUGAAUGCAGCUCACUCUCAAGGCAUUGUUGUUCAUAAUGUCAGGCCUUCUUGUUUCGUUAUGUCUUCCUUCAACCGCGUUUCGUUUAUUGAAUCCGCUUCGGAUUCCGGGUCUGAUGAGGAAAGGGCUAAGGAUACAAAAACAACAACAACAAGAAAGUCUCAAGAGAUUGGUGGCUCGAGAAAAGAGGAGUAUCAAGAAGAGAAGCAACCUUUUCCUAUGAAAGAGAUCUUGGCAAUGGAGAUGAGUUGGUACACAAGUCCUGAAGAAGAUACUGGCUCUCAUAGUGGUUGUGCUUCUGAUGUUUACCGUCUUGGGGUUCUUCUCUUUGAGCUGUUUUGCCCUGUCUCCUCCAGAGAAGAGAAGUCAAGAACUAUGUCUAGCUUAAAACAUCGUGUUCUUCCCCCUCAAAUACUGCUCAAGUGGCCUAAAGAAGCUUCCUUUUGCUUGUGGUUACUGCACCCUGAGCCUAGCUUUCGACCAUCGAUGAGUGAGUUGCUGAAAAGUGAGUUUAUCAAUGAACCAAGAGAGAGUUUAGAAGAACGUGAAGCUGCGAUAGAGCUAAGGGAAAGAAUCGAGGAACAGGAGUUACUGCUUGAGUUCUUGUUUCUGAUUCAACAAAGAAAGCAAGAAACUGCAGACAAGUUGCGUGAUACGGUUUCUCUUCUUUCUUCCGACAUUGAUCAAGUCCUAAAGAGACAGCUGAGCUUGAAGCAAAAAGGAAAUGAUGUCCUUUCUUUCUUGGUCUCAAGAAAACGGAUUAGACAAGGAGCUGAGGGAGUUGCAACAGAGGAAAAUGAGGAUAACAUUGUUGAUGAUACUCUAGACAGCACGCUUCUUGAAAGCUCUCGGUUAAUGAGAAAUUUCAAGAAACUGGAAUCAGUCUACUUUGCAACAAGAUACAGACAGAUCAAGGCUGCUGCUUCUUUUAAACCGUUGGCCAGAUACUCUUCAGCGUUGAGUAGUGAUGGUAAAAGUUCAGUAAGCAACCUGACACAACCAUCUAGAGAUCACAUGAAUGAUUCUAGACAAGGCGGGUGGAUAGAUCCAUUCCUAGAGGGCUUGUGCAAGUAUCUGACUUUCAGUAAGCUGAGAGUGAAAGCAGAUUUGAAACAAGGAGACUUGUUGAACUCAGCUAACCUCGUUUGUGCAAUUGGGUUUGACCGUGAUGGGGAGCUUUUCGCCACAGCUGGUGUCAACAAGAAAAUCAAGAUAUUUGAAUGUGAGUCUAUAAUAAAGGAUGGCAGGGACAUUCACUACCCGGUGGUGGAGCUAGCUAGUCGGUCUAAGCUAAGUGGUGUAUGUUGGAACAGCUACAUUAAGAGCCAAAUAGCAUCGUGUAACUUUGAAGGCGUGGUUCAGGUAUGGGAUGUUACCAGAGGACAGUUAGUUACAGAGAUGAAGGAGCAUGAGAAGCGUGUAUGGUCCAUUGAUAUAUCAACAGCAGAUCCAACAUUGUUAGCAAGUGGUAGUGAUGAUGGUUCUGUUAAGCUGUGGAGUAUCAAUCAGGGGGUCAGUAUUGGAACAAUUAAGACAAAGGCAAAUGUAUGUUGUGUCCAGUUUCCGUCAGACUCUGGUCGGUCAUUAGCAUUUGGUUCAGCAGAUCACAGAGUUUACUACUAUGAUUUGAGGAACCCUAAGCUACCUCUUUGCACAAUGAUUGGUCACACCAAGACAGUAAGUUAUGUCAGGUUUGUAGAUUCAUCAACACUUGUGUCAUCUUCGACGGAUAACACUCUGAAGCUAUGGGACUUAUCCAUGUCUGUUUCUGGUGUUAAUGAAGCGCCUGUUCACUCAUUCAUGGGACAUACUAAUGUAAAGAACUUUGUCGGAUUAUCGGUCUCUGACGGCUAUAUAGCAACAGGCUCGGAGACUAAUGAGGUUUAUGUGUACCACAAGGCAUUUCCAAUGCCGGUUUUGUCAUACAAGUUCAAAACUGUAGACCCUGUGUCUAGACUUGAAGUAGAUGAUCCUUCUCAGUUCAUAUCUUCAGUCUGCUGGCGCGGACAGUCUUCCACUUUAGUUGCUGCAAACUCCACCGGCAACAUCAAGAUCCUGGAGAUGGUAUGAACCAAUGUGACUCAGGGGGGGAAAUAAUAGUUUUCAGAGGUUUCUUAUUCUUGGUUUGAUUGGUAUAGGAAACAAUUUUGGGAAAGGGAGUGAGUAGAGGAAAAGUGGAAACACUAUUGCUACUAUAGAUUUGUAAAUAAGAAUAUAUGGUCUUUAUAUGUAUAGUACAUGUUUUAACUUGAAAAACAAGUAAUCUUUAAUC